CUUUGCGAAGCCCCGUCAGCUUGCCGCGUUCUCUACAUAUUUCAUCCACCCCUCAUAUGGCGCCCUGUGAGAUAUGUACGACGAAUCGCGCCCAGAUCCUCCGCCCCAAGACGAGAAGCCGAGUAUGCGGACCCUGCUUCACCGCCGCGUUCGAAGCUGAAGUCGCCGAAACCAUCACAACCACCCACCUCUUCCAGCCUGGCGAAAGAGUAGCAAUAGGCGCAUCAGGCGGCAAAGACAGCACAGUCCUCGCAUCAGUCCUACAGACCCUCAACAUCCGACAUGGCUGGAAGCUCGACCUCGUCCUCCUCUCCAUCGACGAAGGCAUCCAAGGCUACCGCGACCACAGCCUCGAAGCGGUCAAGAGGAAUAGCGCGGAUCUGGGUCUGCCACUCAAGAUUGUGAGCUAUGAAGAGUUGUACGGCUGGUCGAUGGACCAGGUUGUGGCGCAGAUUGGCAAGAAGGGGAAUUGCACAUACUGCGGUGUCUUUCGGCGGCAGGCGCUGGAUCGCGGCGCUGCGAUGCUGGGAGUUGGACAUGUCGUUACGGGACACAAUGCCGAUGAUGUGGCGGAGACGGUGCUCAUGAAUCUUUUGCGAGGGGACUUGCCGAGACUGAGUCGAGCGACGAGCAUUGUCACUUCGACACCCUCCGCCAGCGUGAACAAGGACGGCGGGCCGAAUGGUGCCGUGUCCUUCACCAAUGUCAAGCGAUCGAAGCCUUUGAUGUAUGCUUAUGAGAAGGAGAUUGUGCUUUAUGCCCACCACAAGAAGCUCGACUACUUCAGCACUGAAUGCAUUUACUCGCCCGAAGCAUUUCGCGGCUCCGCGCGAACAUUGAUCAAGAACCUGGAACGCAUCAGGCCCGAGAGUAUUUUGGACAUUGUGCAGUCCGGCAUGGAUAUGGCGAAGUUGGUGCCAGACACGGACGAUGCUUGCAAAGGUUCGGCCGAAACGGCGCAAACGGAAGAGAGUGCUGGUGGAUGUGGCAAUGCGAAUGGCACAUCGAAAGAGGGAGAGAUGGCUGCGAUGGAGAGGAAAUUGCGCGAAAAUGAGCAGGCUGAGCAGGAUGGCACUGAACACGAGGUUCGAUUGCCUGCAAAAGCAGCAAAUGGGCAGAGGCACGAUAGAGAUACGACGAACCUCGACAUACCUAUCCGGACCAAAGAGAGACGCGGCAAUCGGAAGGCGGGUCGACAUGCAGCAACACCCGCGCAAAAACUGGGUCAAUGCGAGAGAUGCGGCUAUCUGUCCUCUCAAGCGGUGUGCAAGGCUUGUGUUCUGCUUGAAGGGUUGAACAAGGCUCGGCCUCGAACGGAUAUCGAGGUUGGGGGAAGUGGAGGCUGA